AUGGCGACAGCCAGUAGAGUGCGAUCGGUCCAUGUAUCCACAACUGCCGCCGCCGCUACCGCUGCCGGCGCCGGCGCCGGCGCGACGCUUUUCCGGUGUCUGCCUGUCUGUCUGUCUGGCAGUCUGGCAGUCUGUCUGUCGGACAUCAAAGAUCAGGAGACGAUCGGGAGUCCUCUGGCAACUCCUGGCGGUGAACAACGGACGAGACGAGACGAGACGCACGAGACACCGCCAAGCUUCGGCGGGCGGUUGCGAGCGGAUACCUCCUCCUACAUCGAGCCUUCCAGGCGAGUGAUCGGAUUGUCGAAAUACUAUUGCUGUGCAGGCACGCAGCACGCACGUGGGCUCGCGGAGUGA